UGCAGUUUUCUCGAUAAAAAAAUGGUCUGCAAAUCUCACAUGAAAAGUGGCAUGUUAACUUCGUAACCUACAUGCAGCUCGCAUCAGUAGUUUUGUGAGACUUGCAGCAUUCCACCCAUGAAUUCGCUUCAAAGGAGCUAGCUUCUGACACUCACGUACUUCUUCAACUAACAAGCAGAUUCUGUUGAAUGAAGAAUUUUGAACUGGUUGCUGCUCGGCACUCGGACAUUCUGGUGAUGAUUAAUGUCCUGUUGCAUUUAGAAAAGUAGCAAAGGUCGAGGAAAACGCAGGUCAGGUACAGGUACAGGUACGUAGGGAUGGAUGGAUCAAAAGCACCUUUACUAAACGACUGGGAAGUUUAAUCUGGACCAUUGUUGCUCUUAACAAAAGGGCAUUACUAAGAUUACUUGCCUCCAUCCCUUGGUUUAUGUUUUAUUCUUUGCCACUUUGCCUUAACAAGAAUCCUACUUGGAGUCCCCAUGAAGUGAUCCUUUUUCCCGCUGGCUUUCUCAUAAACUCUCAAUUGUUUCUCUUUACUCUUACUUCAUCUCCUAUCCCUCACAAUUUUCUGCUACUAUGGCUCCUUAUAUCGAAACCAACCCACAUUUUAUUCGACCCCUACAACCAGACCUUGAAGACCAGCAUUCCCACCCGCCAACCACCCCAAGAGUGUCACUCCCACCACACCGUCAAGGGCAGCACACCUCGUCACCCGCUCCACGGUUUACUCCGCCACCACCACGUCAUGGCGAACGGGUUACUCCACCGCCACCACGGCAUGGCAAACGUGGCCGAAAACAUCCUCCUACACCCAUUGCGGUGCCACCAGGCCCUCCACAGCACCUGCAAAUCCAUGAACAUAGUCCACCACCACAUCAAGGACCAAAGCCAUUCUCAAAUGAUUCAAGAACUGCACAACCACAGCUCCAAGGCCAUCAACCUCUGCCAGGAGUGCAGGUGCCACACCAUCAGGAUAACCCCCAUCAGGCCCAUGGCGAUGAGACUCCGGGCCACCGUCGGAUAUUUGUGCCGGCACCCCAAAAAACCCAACCUCUAGCAUGGCUGACUGCAGUUUUCUGUGCCAUAUUUUGGAUUAUCAUAUUUCUGGGAGGCUUAGCAGUGCUCAUUGUCUAUCUGGUCUUUCGACCUCGCAGCCCAAAAUUCGAUGUUUCCAGCGCCACCUUGAAUUUUGCAUAUCUGGACAUGGGCAAUCUGCUCAAUGCUGACAUGACUCUGCUCACAAACUUCACCAAUCCAAACCAUAAGGUGCGUAUAGACUUCAGUUACAUUGUCAUUGAUCUGAACUAUGGUGGUAAACUUAUUGCAACCCAGUAUAUCGAGCCUUUCUCAGCAGCAAAGGCUGAGUCCAGAUUUACAUAUGUUCAUAUGGUAACUAGUCAGGUUGGUCUUUCUUUGAAAGAAAGCCAAUGGCUGCAGAAGCAGAUUAGCAGCAAUGGCGUCGUCUUUGAUGUAAAAGCUUUGAUCAGGGCUCGAUCUGACUUGGGAAGUUUCUUGAAAUACUCAUAUUGGUUAUAUGGUCAUUGCACCAUCAUGGUCACUGGACCUCCUAAUGGAGUACUUACGGCACACAGAUGCAAGACAAAACGAUGAUCAACCCUUUUUGGAUACCCAUACUGUGAACUUCAAAUGAUUUGUCCUUCAUUUCUUUUUUGUUACGUGUAUUUGACAAUAUAAAUGAUCCAUCACAUUUUCUUCCAUCAUAAUCGAAUCCAUUGUUUUCCUCU